GUUAACAGAAGAGUGUUCAUAACCUGUCUGUGUUUGUGCUCCUCCCCCUCUCUUGCUCACUGUCUCUCUCUCUCUCUCUCUCUCUAACACACACACACACACACACACACAUACAUACAGAACCAAGUAACUCCUCAUUCCAGAGAAAACAAAUCUGGUCUCUCGCUGUUUGUGAGUUCCGGAAAAUGGCUGAGGCCAGUAUUUCAGUAGAUCAGGAUCAGUUCAUCUGUCCAGUGUGUCUGGAUCUCUUGAAGGAUCCGGUGACUAUCCACUGCGGUCACAGUUUCUGUAAGGUGUGUAUUAAUGGUCACUGGGAUCAGGAGGAUCAGAGUGGAGUUUAUAGCUGUCCUCAGUGCAGAGACACUUUCACUCCAAGGCCUGUUCUACGCAGAAACAACAUGCUGGCUGAAGUGGUGGAGAAACUGAAGAAGAAGACUGAAGUCCAAGCUGCUUCUCCUGCUCACUGUUACACUGGACCUGGAGAUGUGGAGUGUGAUUUCUGCACUGGGAGAAAACACAAAGCCAUCAAGUCCUGUCUGGUGUGUGUGGCUUCUUUUUGUGAAACUCACCUGAAACCUCAUCUUGAAAUUCCUGCUUUGAAAAAACACAAGUUAGUCGAAGCUUCUGGAAAUCUACAAGAGAAGAUCUGCUCUGAACAUGAUGAAGUGCUGGAGAUCUACUGUCGUACUGACCAAAGCCUCAUCUGUUAUCUGUGUACGAUGGAUAAACACAAAAGCCACGACACCGUCUCAGUUAAAGCUUACAGAACUGAGAAAGAGAGUGAGUUAAAGGAGGAUCAGAUGAAAUUCCAGCAGAGAAUCCAGGAGAAGCAGAAGAAGGUGCAGGAGCUGAAACAGACUGUGAACACUAUAAAGCUCAGUGCACAGACAGCAGUAGAUGACAGUGAGAGGAUCUUUACUGAGAUGAUCAGCUCCAUGGAGAAAAAGCGCUCGGAGGUGACGGAGCUGAUCAGAGCUCAGGAGAAGGCUGAACUGAGUCGAGCUGAACGACUCCUGGAGCAACUGGAGCAGGAGAUUGCUGAUCUUCAGAAGAGAGACACUGAGAUGGAGCAGCUUUCACACACACAUGAUCACAUCCACUUCCUCCAGGCUUUAGUCUCUGGUCAUCGCUCUCCCCUAUUUGAGAGACCAGAUUUUCAGUCAGAUCUCUGUGAGGACUCAUCCAGCAUCACUGUCAAUCAACAUCUCUCAUUUGAUGGAGUGAGGAAAUCUCUCUCUGAUCUGAAAAAGAGACUGGAGGAAAUCUUCCAGGAGGAAUUCAUCAAAAUCCCUGAACAUGUUAAAUACGCUCAAAUUUUACUCUCAGAGCCAAAGAGCAGAGACGAGUUUCUGAAAUAUUUCUGUGAUCUGACUCUGGAUCCCAACACAGUAAAUUAUAACCUCAUUCUGUCUGAGAAGAACAGAGCGGUGAAGAGCAGUGAGAGAAAGCAACGAUACUCUGAUCAUCCAGAGAGAUUUGAGUCCUACAGUCAGGUGUUGAGUAAGGAGAGUGUGUGUGGACGCUGUUACUGGGAGGUGGAGUGGAGCAGUGAGGAUUGUGUGAACAUUUCAGUCUCAUAUAAAGACAUCAGCAGGAAAGGACGGGGUGAAGAGUGUUGGUUUGGAGGCAACAAUCAGUCCUGGAGUCUGGAAUGUUCUUCUUCUUCUCUUACUUUCUAUCACAACAACAUAAAGACUGAUCUCAGAGUUCCAUCAUCCUCCAGAAUAGGAGUUUAUGUGGAUCACAGUGCAGGAACUCUGUCCUUCUACAGCGUCUCUGACACCAUGAAGCUCCUCCACAGAGUCCACACCACAUUCACUCAGCCUCUAUACGCUGGAUUCAGGCUCUCCUGGGAUACUGUGUCUAAAUCAGGAUUAUCUGUGAGAUUGUGUGAUCCAAAAAAAUAAUGGGUUUGCGGUGUUUUAUGGUCAGUUAUGUGUCACUAAAUAAACUCCAUGCAUGUUUUCUCAUUGAUCCUCAACUGUGAAAAAAAGUGUUAAUGUUAAAUCAUUAAAAAAAAAUGAACAUUAAAAUAUUGACUUUAGCCUCAUUCUAUGAUCAUUGGUUACAUGUAAAGAAAAUUAAACUGUAAGAUCUGAUCAUACUGAUAAUGAUAUAAUGAUUUCUACAGAUUUACUGAAAUUGGUGUAGCAGAAUGUCUAAAUGUACUAUAAAGUCUGUAUUUAUUGGGGUUUAUGUCUGGAAAUAUGAUCAUUUGUAAAAAUGGUAAUAAUGCUUUAUUUAGAAUUUUUACAGAUUUUAAUUAACCUUUAAAAAAAAUUUGCCUCUUCAUGAAUACACUCACAAGAACAAACUUUACAGAAAACUCUGAAUGUUUAUGAAUAUAAAGACGAGAUGUUCAUCCUUAAAAACAAUUGUAGGAACUGUAGUUACCUGCUAUGACCACUAUGGGGCAGUGAAACAGCGUCAUAUUUUGACAUGGUCACUGUGCCAAAUAUGGGUUUGUGAAUCGUUGACGUCUAGUGUAAUUCGGGAACGCGCGCGCACACACACACACACACACACACACACACACAGACUGUCUGUAUAUCUGUAUAUGUGUAACUAUUUAUAACCUCCCACUGAGCUUCAGUUAAUGAUCUACUGUUAAAGUGAAACAGUGUGUGUGUGUGUGUGUGUGUGUGUGUGUGUGUGUGUGUGUGUGUGUGUGUGUGUGUGUGUGUGUGUGUGUGUGAUAUUAGUAUAUAAGUAAAAAGCUCAUCAUAACUCAAAUGCCACGACUGUGUGGAACGUAAUGAAUGUAGGACCACAGACCCAAAGUAAUAAACCUCAAACAGAUAUGUGGCUCGAGGCAGCGAGGCUUAUUUCGGGGUGGCAGCUGCCACCCCGCUUCACCCUUGAGGCCACACAUAUUCAUAAACACAUACCUAGAACUCAAAAUAUUAAGCUAGAAACCGAGUUAUAUGUCGUUUAGACGUCAUGUGAACACUGGUAAUGUGGGAGGUGUAAUUGGUCACUGAUCAGCCUUAGAUUUCUAUAAAAGGAAGUGAAUAAACUGUUCAAAUAAAAUAUUACCUUAUUUGGCAUAUAUAAUCUACUAAGUGUCUUUUAUUUAGAUAUUUUAACAUAACUGAUUUAUAUCAUUUCUAACGGAGCUGGAAACAUGAUCAUGUGUAGACUCGUGAAAUAAGAAAGACACUAUAUUGCCAAAAGUAU